AUGGCCAAUGCGCAUAUUGAGGCACAGGGCUACCUCGCGAUCCUUGCUGCGGUGGCCGGGCUGGCUUGGUAUUACCAAGCCACCGGGGGACUGGAUCACCCGCCAUCGAGACCAUGCGGCUUGUUUCAGGUUUUCGAGCUUGGCUUGUUGGAUAUCAAGGCGCAUGUCGUCGACUCAUUGCCAAACGUCGGCGGACAAUGCUCCGAACUCUACCCAGAAAAGCCUAUUUACGACAUACCGGCCUAUCCGGUCAUUGGUGCGCAGGAACUGGUCGAGAAUUUGCUAGUGCAGAUCGAACCGUUUGCUGCCGAACUGCACCUGGGGCAUGAAGUACGUGAGGUGGCUGCAGUGGAUGAUCGCUUUCGGCUUGUUACUAGCGCGGGCAUAGAGUUUGAUACCGCCACCGUAAUUGUCGCUGGUGGGGUUGGUUCGUUUCAGCCACGUCGCCUGCGGCAGUCGGGGGCUGCGAAGUAUGAGGCAAGCCAAGUCCAUUAUAAGAUCACCGACGCCAGCGAGUUCGAAGGCAAGGACGUGGUGAUAUCCGGCGGCGGCGACUCAGCCCUGGAUUGGACGCUGGAACUUGUUGAGCGAGCCAAGAGCCUGACCUUGAUUCACCGUCGUGAUGACUAUCGUGCGGCGCCUGCCUCGGUUGGCAAAAUGAAAGAACUGGUAGCUGCCGGAAAAAUGCGCGAAGUACAGGGCAAUAUUGCUGCGCUGCAUGAACUGGGCGAUCGACUCGUGAGUCUGGACGUUGUUAAUCGGGCCAGAGCGAGCACAAACGUUCCUUUUGAUCACAUUCUGGCAUUCUGGGGGUUGGCACCAAAGCUCGGACCCAUCGCCCAGUGGGGCCUCGGGUUACAGCGAAACCAGAUCGAAGUGGAUACCGAAAAGUUCGAGACCAACAUCCCAGGUAUCCAUGCCGUUGGUGAUAUCAACACCUAUCCUGGUAAGAAGAAGCUCAUUCUUAGUGGGUUUCAUGAGGCGGCUCUGGCUGCAUUCGCGAUUCGCUCACGUCUGCACCCGGAGGAAAAAGUUAGGUUGCAAUACACUACCACGAGCACCGCGAUGCAUGAACGGCUCGGUUUGAAUGACGAAGAGGGCCAGUAA